AUAGGAUAGAAACGUAACAAGAUAACUUAAAAGACAAGAAAAACAUAUGAAUUUUGUUGGAUGGUUGUUUUGUAAGGCAAGCUUUUGAUUAAACAAGGGCUCGUCACUCCGGUUAAUUAUGAGGUCAUGUGGGUUUGGUAAUAUUACCCUGUUUCCUACUCUGAUGAGCAAGACAGCGCUGGCAACACUGGAAUAACACUGUUUACCUUCUCACAUCUGCCCCAUCUGCUCUCCAGGCCUUAAAAGAAGCACGAUCGAAAAAUCGAUCACCAAGCCUCGACCAGGCAGCAGGCCGGUUAACCCGGCGUCGAUUACUCUGGCCUGUAUAGACUGCACCGUUUUUUUCUUUAAGGAACUGUGUCCAGUCAGUUGUCAACAGGCUGAGCGAGAAAACGAGGCGUCGAUUCAACUUUGUACGUGGAGCUGAUAACACAAACGCUCCGUCCGUCUCCGCGGUGAGGCUUUCGCAGUUUAUCUUUGUUCGGUGUGUCCAGACAAAAAUGAAGUCCCCUGGUCGCGAAGCCCCCUGAGCACCACGAACAUGUGAAAUUUGACUCCCCAGUAGGCAGAUAGAUGCAAGUCCCAGGCUGGAUUGAAUGGCACUGAGGAUACAAGACUACAACUCAGUGGGAGUACUGCAAUGACUAGCCAGCAUCCUAGCCAUGCAGAGAGUGCUCACUCCACAAAAAAACAGCCAUUCGCUGUGUCCCCCAAGCUCCAUGUCCAGCGAUCGCCAUCAAAAGAGACCAUCACCAUCCACUUCUCUGCUCUUGGGAAGGAGGAAGAGGAGGAGGAAGAAGAGCUAUACAUGACAACUGCCUCCACUACCUCAGCCACUCAGGAUGACUCUAACAUUGUGACAGCCUUAGAAGCAAGUGAGGAGAUGUUUGAUGGGGUGCCAUUGGACUCUGCAGCUGAGGUUGCUGUCAUUCCUGAAUCAUCCAGGCUUUCUCCCGUUUCUAGACAUCACACUUACACUUCUCCCACACAAACUCUGUCAUCACGUAUUGCUGAGCAAAAAAGCUCAACUUCCAAUUCCUCUCCUACUAAAUCUUUGAGCUUUCCCUCCAGUGACAAACCCUUCCUCAGCUUAGUGAAGUCUCUGUCCUCUGACAUGGAGUCUCGUGAGGGGAUCCCAUCUGUUGCUGCUCCUACAGUAAGGCAUAGGCACCUGAUGAAGACUCUUGUCAAAUCUUUAUCUUCAGAUACAUCCCAGGACUCCUCCUCCUCCUCCUCCUCCUCCUCCUCCACACCCUACCGCCUUCCAGAACCCCGACUUAACCUGCAACUCUUCAAGCAAUUCACACAGUCCCGGUUGCCGUCGACUACCAUGUCAUCAGCUGGUGAUUCUAAAACUGCCCCUUCCUCUCCAUUAACCUCACCAGAUAACCGCAGCUUCUUCAAAGUCUCUGAAGUCGAGGCAAAAAUUGAAGACACAAAGCGCCGUCUCUCUGAGGUCAUCUCCGAACCGCUCCAGCUGCUGAGUAAGAUCAUGGAUGAAAAGAGUGGUAGUUUAGUUAGCAGCAGCAUUUACCGGCCCAAGGCCCUCUCUGCCAGCGCCACAGAGCUCUCUACCAUUACUGCCAUUAAUGGCCACCUGGAGAGCAACAACAAUUACUGCAUCAAGGAGGAAGAAGGAGGUGACUGGGAGGCUGAGAGCCCCAACAGCGGGGCCUCUGGUCCAGCUGAAUCACCCGUUCCUCUCACUGUCGACACUAAGAGCCCCAACAAAUCAUCUUCACUUUCCAUGUCAUUGGACAAAUGCUCCAUGUCUGCUCUUUCUAAACAAGAGGAUGAGGACUAUUGCAUCCUGUCCAGUGAGGACUUUGAGACUUGUACUGACACAGAAGGUGACGGGGGUGAUAGAACGGAUGAUACAGGAACAGGGAGUCAAACUAAAGUGCAUCUAAGUGGUAGUACUGAACCGUGCAGUGAAGAUGAAUCUGAAAGUAUUGAGCCGGCACCUAGUGUUCCACACUAUACUCUUAUCAUCCUUACAGUACUGGUCUAUGGAUAUUUCGUAUUACCUCUGCCCAGUUACGUAGGAGGAAUGCUGCUGGGGAUUGGGCUGGGGUUCCUUUUAGCCAUUGGUGUUGUGUGGCUGACAGGACCAAAGCCUUCUGGCAGUAGUUUUAGACAUUCCAGACCCCGUGGCAGGCUACAGAAUCUGUCCAAGUUGGACAUUAAGGAACCAGAAAUCUAUAAGGGCUGGAUGAAUGAGAUAUCAAACUAUGACCCAGAGACAUACCACGCCACCCUGACAUACUCUGUGUUCAUCCGGUUGGAGGGCUCCAUCAUUCGUCUGUCCAAACCCAACCACAACAUCGCCCGCCGUGCUACACACAAUGAACCAAAACCUGAUGUCACCUACAUCAGUCAGAAGAUCUAUGACCUCACCAACAGCAAAGUACAUUUAGUGCCUCAGAGCCUGGCCAGGAAGCGUGUAUGGAACAAAAAAUACCCCAUCUGCAUUGAACUUGGCAAACAGGAUGACUUCAUGUCAAAGGCUGAGGGCGACAGGUGGGAGGCCAGUGAGAGCCUCAACACAAGGGACAGAGGAGAGGGGACGUCAGGGGCACAGGAGCGGGGGUCAUCUUCGUCCAGUAGGGACCUGACACUCUAUCUGUUUGGAAGGACUGGCAGGGAGAAGGAGGAGUGGUUCCAGCGGUUUCUGUCAGCUUCCAAGCUCAAGACAGACGUAAAGAACACUUCAGGUGUUGCAGGGAGUAAGAGUGCUCUGAGCUCUCACAGUCGCAGCAGCAGCCGCAGCAGUCUGGAUGAGGCACUGGCAUCUCAGCCCAGGUCAAAGGACUCCUCAACCUCCUCAAUAACAGCAGGCAGUGCCAAAACCAAGCUGCUAUUGGACUACAGUGUGUACAUGGCCUCCAUACUGCCAAAACAGGCAGCAGUCAGCCCUACAGCUGCCAGCCCACCUCUCCAAAGUCCUCAGAGCAGCCCUGGGGCUGAUAAGAAGCUUCAAGGCACCACUUCAGCUCAGGUGCAGCCCAGUGGGGAGCAGGAGGAGGAUACUGUUGCUUGGGUGAAUGCAGCUCUUGGUCGAGUCUUCUGGGACUUCCUCAGUGAGCCCUACUGGGCUGAUCUGGUCUCCAAGAAGAUUCAGAUGAAACUGAGCAAGAUUCGGUUGCCUUACUUCAUGAAUGAGCUAACCCUGACAGAACUGGACAUGGGCUCAGCCACUCCCAGAAUCCUUGGGGCAACCAAACCCUCCAUUGACUACCGAGGUCUGUGGUUUGACCUGGAGAUUUCCUACAGUGGUUCCUUCCUGAUGACCCUGGAAACCAAGAUGAACCUCAUUCGCCUGGGCAAGGAGGGAGAGAGUGUCCGCUUCGGGGAAUUUGGCAAAGAUGGGCCCCGGUCUUACUGCCUGGCUGAUAGUGAUGAAGAGUCGUCAAGUGCAGGCUCAUCAGAUGAGGAAGACUCUUCAGAGCUCUCAAAUGACUCCACUGGAGCAGAGGGUUGGGCUGGAGGCCACAAACCCAGCAAAAUCAUGCGCUUCGUGGACAAGAUCACCAAGUCCAAAUACUUCCAGAAGGCCACAGAAACGGAGUUCAUCAAAAAGAAGAUGGAGGAGGUGUCUAACACACCCCUUCUGCUCACAGUAGAGGUGCAGGAACUGCAAGGAACGCUGGCUGUCAACAUACCCCCUCCACCCACUGACAGGAUAUGGUAUGGCUUUAGGACGCCGCCUCACCUGGAACUGAAGGCACGACCCAAACUGGGAGAAAGAGAAGUCACUCUGGCUCAUGUGACAGACUGGAUAGAGAAAAAACUGGACCAGGAAUUCCAGAAAAUCUUUGUAAUGCCAAACAUGGACGAUGUAUGGCUAACUAUCAUGCAUUCUGCCAUGGACCCACGCACAGCUGGCGGGCCAUUAGUUGGCUUCGCAGUGGACCCAGAGCCUCCCCAGCCUGAGAGGGACAGCACCAGCCAGCCAUGAAGAUUGUUUACAGUAUUUCCUAGAGCUUAUGAAGUCUCAAAAUGGGAACUGGAGCCAAAGUCGAUAGGUCAGAUGCUACUGUACCACAAAUACAUUCCCGUAGUGAGUGGGUUUCUCACUUACCAUAGAGGAGACCAUACCAUAUGAAUUUUAAAGGAACAUGGCAGAGUCGCACAAGGAAACACUAAAGACUAACUGUUGCUUGCUGCUCUGUUUGGUAGUAUUUAUCUUGCCUGAAGAAAAAGUGAUUGUCUUUGAAGGAUUAAUAGAACAGUGAGGACCUAUUGAAUAGGGACUGAUAUGUGAAGAGAAUCAUGUUUGACAUAGAACUGGGGUUAAGUUAAUAAGGGGAGUAUGUGGGGAUACAGUAUAUAAGUACAUAAUGCCCUGUGAUGUCCAUUGAUGUGAAAGCAUUCACCAGAUACCUUACAGCCUACACGUGACAAGUUUCUGCUAAGGCUAGACAGUGAGAGAGCAUGGUAGCCCCUUUAUUCUAGAAAUACACUAAGUGGAGAUUUACAAGAUGAUAGUAUGUAGAAAUUAGAGUUAUUUCAUAUUGAAUGAUGAGUGUGUGAUGGAGAAUAAGCAGGUUAAAAACGUGAACUGGAAAAGCUCAGACACUUGAUGCAAGGUUUAUUUACUAUAUGAAACAUUAAACCUUUAAGUGGCUUCAGUGGGUUUUGAUCGGGUGUCAACAGUUAACAGUAUUCAUUUGUGCUGUGACCAUACCCUGAGCACCUCCCUUCAUUUGCCAAGACCUCGUUUUUUAUGCCAAUGAUGCCCUUCUCCAUGUCUAUAUGGAAAAAAUGCUUAAGAGCAGAUGUACUUUAUCUAGGAAAAGUGUCAUUCACUAUGUAAAUUCCAUAUUAAUGACAAAUACACAAACACAAUAAGUGCAAUGAUAGAAACGCUACGUAGGCUAUAGUAUGAUCUUGUAUAGAUAUUACAUAAACGUGUACGUCUUAUGAGAAGUACGAGGCCUCUAACACGUCUAUUGAAUGUAUGUAUGGAUAGUAUUUGGUUCCUGUUGUUAUUGUAUGACCACAGUUCCACAUUUGGACUGUGGUAUGCAAAUUAUUGCACAAGUAAGAAGAUUUCUCUUUGUUUUUUCUUAUGUUAAACACUAUCUCAUCUUGCAUAUCUUUUUUCACAUGUCAUUCAGUCGUUCUGUUUAUGCAUACCUGGUGGUGUGUUUAUCUGUACAUCAUUUAUUCUUAAUGGUGUUAAUGUUGAUGACGAGGAUGAUAAUGUUGGAAGAGAGCUUAAAUGACCAACUUUGAUAUGUGACAGUGCUUUAAAAAGACUCUAGCCACCAUACUGUAUGUACAUGAUUGGAUGAAGUUAAGGUACGUACUGUAUAGUUGAGCAUCUAUUGCCAAGAAUGUAUAACCUUAUCUACAAGUUCCCUUUCUGAAAAUGCCUUUUUAAUCGUGUCAUAUUUCAAAUUUUUACCAAAGUCCUUUGAUUAGGCAUAUAGUGCCAGAUCUCUCUCUGCUCAAAGGUACACAUCCUGUAUUGACAUAGCAUUGUGAGGUAAUAUUUACAUAUGCGCUACAAUACCUGUUUUAACAUUGUUUACAGGAAUUCUUAGGCUGUUUUCUCUCUUAGGAUACUAAAGCACUGUAGCACAAAAUGGAUUUUUUUUUUUCUGUUUGAUUGUCUCUCCCUUUAUGAUUUGGUUGCUUUUCGUUAAGUAUUUGUGCUUGAAUGACAAGAGAGAUACAAGAGGAUGGUUAUGGUUGUGUUUUUGUCUACUUCUUUGGAAUAAACAGAAUGAAAUGAGAUUUUUGAGGAUAUAUGAAGACAUGCCAUGAUUUGUAUCUGUGAAUUAUUAAUGACUUUUUAAAAUUAUCAUGUAAUUUUAAGGCCAAAUUCAGUUAUGUGUAUCUGCCUUAUUUAUAAAGCAAAAUAAAUAUGUCAAUGAAACCCUGUUUGUUCUUAGGUUCACAUUUUGCAUUCUGAAUUGUUGUAUUGAUCUCGAGGUUGAAAUAAUGCUUCUUCUGGUGUGUUAAUAAAAAUAUUCGUUUGGCAGCAGAACGGCCCGUCAGUGUUAAAUUAUGAUGUAUUAUUGGGUUAUGAUUACUUAUGCAUUGAUAUACUGAUAGGUAGGUAAAGUCAGCAUUCAUCAGAUAUAAUUAACCCAUGAUAGGUUUUCUGUAUAGGCCUAAAAACAAUUUGGUA